GGGAACGUCAAACAGUGCCCGUUCUUUUGGAAGGUGUUUCAACAGCGUGGUUAGUGUCCCCGGCGACAAUCCUUCGGAAUCAACAGGUUGAGUUGCUUUUUAACGAGCAAAAGGUUCACGAUCAAACCACGUGCAAUUUCUGCUACGCGAGAAACCAUGGACCAGACCAAGCUGAAGGAACUGGGCCUGCGGCUGUUCGAGAUCAACGCGUUCAAGUUCGGUGACUUCAAGAUGAAGGUCGGCAUCAACUCGCCGGUGUACUUUGACCUGCGCGUCAUCGUGAGCUAUCCGGACGUGAUGAACACCCUGUCGGAGCUGCUGACCGAGUACAUCCGGCAGAUUCGCGUCGACAUGGGGGUGCACCUGUGCGGCGUGCCGUACACGGCCCUGCCGAUCGCGACGCUGAUCUCGAUCAAGGCGGACAAACCGAUGCUGAUCCGCCGGAAGGAGGCGAAAACGUACGGCACGAAGAAGCUGAUCGAGGGCAAGUUCAACGCCGGCGACAAGUGCCUCAUCAUCGAGGACGUGGUCACGUCCGGGUCGAGCAUUCUGGACACGGUCAACGAUCUGCGCGGCGAGGGUCUGGUCGUAACGGACGCCAUCGUGGUGGUGGACCGCGAGCAGGGUGGCGUCCAGAACACGGAGGAAAGUGGCGUCCGGAUGCACUCGCUGUUUACGCUGUCCUAUCUGCUGAACGUGCUGCUCGAAGCCGGUCGGAUCGAGGAAAAGACGGUGCAAUCGGUGGCGAAGUACAUCGCCGGGGCGCAGAUUCGCAGCGACGGGUCGUUUAUGAAGAAUGGCACCAAGGUGGUGAACGAGCUGAGCCGCGUUGGGAUGUCGUUCGAGGCUCGGGCCGACUUGGCCAAGUGCGCGAUCACGAAGGAGCUGAUGAAGCUGAUCGCGAACAAGAAAAGCACGCUCUGCUUGGCGGCGGAUUUGACGAGCUCGGAGGAGAUUCUGAAUCUGGUGGAGCGCGUUGGGCCGUACAUUUGCAUUUUGAAGACGCACGUGGACAUCGUCGAGGAUUUCAGCGAGAACUUUGUCAAGUCGCUGCAAUCGCUGGCGAAGAAGCACAACUUUAUGAUCAUGGAGGAUCGUAAGUUUGCCGACAUCGGGAACACCGUAGCGCAGCAGUACGCUGGAGGUGCGUUCAAAAUCUCCAGCUGGGCUGAUCUCGUAACCGUUCACUCGCUGCCCGGCCAGGGCAUCCUUAAGGGACUCAAGUCGGUCCUGAACGAUCCGACGCAACAGCGCGGAGUGUUUCUGCUGGCGGAGAUGAGCUCCCAAGGCAACCUAGCCACGGCGCAGUACAGCGCGGCCACGAUGAAGAUCGCCACCGAGAUGGAGGGUGACUUUGUGGCCGGAAUCGUGUGCCAGAGCGCUGAUCUGGUUGCAUCGCCGGGGCUGCUUCAGCUGACGCCGGGCGUUAAAAUUGAGGAGGGCGUUGACGCUCUUGGCCAAAAGUACGACAGCCCCGAGCACGUGGUCAAGGAGAAGGGAGCGGACAUUUGCGUUGUGGGCCGAGGCAUCUUGAACGCCAAGAACCAGGAGGACGCGGCCAAGACGUACCGGGACAGGUUGUGGGCGGCGUACUGCGAACGGGUUGGUGUGAGUGAGUGAUGGAAGAAGAAGAAAGUUUUGCCUUUAGCGACAAGAGUAUUACCAACCAAUAUCGAUGUGAAUCUGAUUGUAGAAAAGUAGCGACCUGAAUCUGAGAGAAAACACGUUGAAAUCAUUCCCCCAUCGCCUUUUUAGACUAAAAGUUACAUAUAUUAACCAUAAGUGGCAAUCAAAAAUAAAUAAUUGGAUUAUCUAAACACAAAA